CACCUUACUUGAGGACUCGGAAAGUAUGACUGUCAACCUUCCAGUUCUUGUGUCCCAAAAACAUCGUCUAAAGCGAUACGUUCCUCACCGCCUGCAGAUGCUUCCGCGCUCUCCGUCCUCGACUCACUAGUUUCUGAAAACCUAUACCCGCCUCCGUGAGUCAAAAGCCGAAGCACUGUCACUCGAUGUUUGUAGCACUUACGAAUGGAAUAGCGGCAUCCUCCAGAUCCUCCUGCAGUCGCCUCUCCACCCAAAACAAUUUCCAGAUGUCACACCACUUCAUGCCCUUGCAGUCCUGCAUCGAACGCUAAAAACUCACGGGAGCGGGCCUUUCCGAGAUCUCUUCCCCAGGCGUUACGACUCGACGGCGAAACCUAUUGAAGUAUGGGUGUAUCUGCGCGACUUAUGGACAAGCGCUGUGGGGAAUGGGGAAGAUGGCGUCCAUCUAGGAGGAUGCGACAUCCGGUUGCCAUUCAUACAGUUCCUGCGGAUGCUGCUGAAGGACGACAUAAGUAGAACAGAACCAUUAGAGAACAGCAUACUGGGGCAAUCGCUAGGCCUUCAUCGACGACUCAAUUUGAAAGCACCCCUGGAUGUUUUUGAGGAGAUUUUAGAAGAGACUGACCCGAAAGGGACCAUCACGGUUGAAAUUGGCGAGUGGAUCAGUGAGAUAUCGUCACUAUCAAAAUCUGGUCAAUUUGACCUUCUCACAUAUUGGAGGGAAGUGUGCUCCAUGUUCAACCGGAUUGAUGACACCGCGGCGUUUUUGAUGAUUGAGAGCAUUGAGCCAGCAACCGCUCGUUUUGCCAUAUCCGACAUCCUACUCAGCCGGCUCUCCUACGUCUCUCGCAAAUCCAAUGGUCAAACACGGCUUAGUGCGUCCAACUUCCCCACGAAAGCGCGGAAGCACCUGGAAGCUGUGCCAAUUGAUCAAAAUUGGGAGGCAUACAUUACUUUGAUCACCAUAAUACUGGGAACAAUUGACGUCGAGCUGAAUGAAGACACAAAAAGAGCGUUGCACGAUGGUGUAGAGUUCAUCCGUGACCGAGCGCCAAAGAAGGCGAAGGUUCACACUCAGACGUUGGUCGAUUUUGUGGAUUUGAUUUGGCCCACGGCGUAGACGUGCUGCUCUGUAUUCUCCCGCAGAGGAAGCGAGGGUCCUGCGGUGGUAAAUCGGUGGAACUACGCUUUUAAGAACGGGUCGCUGCUCUUUUUGCUGCUUGUUAACCGUCGGAUGGGCAGCAAUAGGGCACGAUCAUCGUUGUUUGAUAUAGAAUAGACGAACUGUAUAUGGACAGAUAUUAAUGAAGACAUCGAUGAAUGAU